AUGAUGGCUGAACGUGCUCUUUCACCAGAGGAGGUGUGGCUUCAGGACAGCGAGGCCCGCCUGGAGUCGAUGGAGAUCUUGUUGAAGUCAGUUCGCCGGGAUAUCGACGCUCUUAGUGAGAAAAUACCCUCCCCUCGGUCAGGUGCUCAUUCAACAUUCCAUCAGGGCGAAACAAUCAUUCACGAAUCUGGAAGUAAACGCUAUGUAAUGGAGAUGGAGAGAGGCUCUAGGGGUUUGCAUAACCUUGGUCUUGGAUCGCACACUGCUUUUGAACCAUUCGACAAUGAGGAGGAGGCUGAAAAGCCGGGACGUGAACCUCAUCCACACAAGUCCUGGCGAUCGCCUUCAGAUUUCAGGCAGGAUGAGUCACCACCCGGUUCGCCAACAUUCGGUGAAAGCAGCAACAUAAUUUCCCUCCAUGACGUUAUUUUGCACAGCGAGAACGUCACCCCAAGUCCACAGGAAGACGCAAGUCGGACAAUUCCACUCCUUGGCAGCCAACAUUCACUCCCUACAAUAGAGGAGAACUCGCAGGAGGACAACCUCCUUACUGACACCGACACCUCAUCGAUAUCCACCAAUGACGAAUUAAAAUCAGCUGACUGCGCGUAUGAGCAUCGAUCACAAACAGCUGUUUCCUGUGCGCGAUCCUGCGACACUGUCGUAGUAGCAGCUGAUGCAGGACAAUCGGAUAAUUCGGCCUCAAAGCGUCCCCUAGAGGAAACUAUGAUUCUACGACGUGAACAUGGAAGACGCCAGCAGCCUCCCUCAGACAGACCCAGAUCAGGAAGUCCCUUCCUUUCGAACUCCGAUUCGUUCAGGUUCUCGCACACGUCCCUACGAAGCCGUGACAGCAUAGUAAGCGAUACGGACUCCUAUAUGACCGUGAACAGUCAACUUUUCCCGUCUGGCGAGGAAGUUUACGUAACCGCCUGCAGCGACAAUGACACACCAGGCGAUUCGCCCGACGAUGGACGGACUCUUGUCCGAGGAAGAACACGACAAAAACUGUUGAUUCUGCAGCAAACGACGCCUUCUGAAUGCUACAAUCAGUCGGACGAUGUGCUGGAAUUUACUCUCGUUGAAGCGCCAGCUUGCGAAACGCCUACCGCGGAAAAAGAAGUAGAAUCUGCCCACUUGGGUAAGUCCUUACAUGUCACCAACAUUGAAGCGUCGGAUGAUUAA